AUGGAGCACAUCAGGGGAUGGAUUUGCUCCUCCCUGUGCUCUAACGCCCGUGUUGUUCCCGCAGUGCCGGCGGAUUUCGGCAAGCGCGUGUACCAAGGGGUGCGGGUGAAGCACACGGUCAAGGACCUGCUGGCUGAGCAGCGAUCCCGAUCCCAGCAGAGCAGCAGCUCCCGCCUCAGCGGCAGCACCGGCGCAGCGCAGUCGCCCUUUGGCCAAAUUCCAGGCUCUCCCACCGCCGCCGGUUACUACGGCGUCCGGAGAUCCUUCCCGGCCGAGCUGGAUUUCCACAGCGCCAAGCAGUUUGUCAGCGAUGUCUACUCCUCCCCUCUGGGUCCCAAACCCUUCCCGUGCGAUUCCUCUGCCCCUCAGGGCUGCCCGGCCCUCCUGGAGCCCUUUGUGUCCGAGCAGUUCGGGGAUCACCGCGCUCCUCCUGCCCUCGCAGCCGGCACCGGCUCCUUCUUCAGCGCUCCGGCCCCUCUGCUGCCAUCCUUCCCCGGCGACACGGGACACUUCGUGCUGAGAGAGCCCUGGGAGCAGAGUUCACCCGAGAUGCUCAGCCAGCCUGACCCUGCGUGCUCCGACCCUCUGCAGGCGCUCUCCUCCAGCUCCAGCUGCCUCUCCCUGCCCGAUUCCGGAGGCGUUUCCCCUUUCCGAGGCUCGGCUUGGACCCCUGGAGCCCAGCCCUACCCCCUGCACCCCCUGGAAGAUGCCCACUACUCGCCCAGCUACGCUUCCUGCUCGCCCUACGGCUUCUCCCCGCUGGUGCCCGUGGCCACCGAGCCCUCCAGGGCGAGCCAGCCGUGCCCGGAGCAGCCCCCGGAGCCACCGCACCUCCCCGAGCACUCUCCCUGGGCUAAGGAGGAUGGAAAUGCCCUCUGGGGGACUUAUGAAGGCAGGAGAACUUACUGA